AUGAUGCUUGCCUUCCCAACGAGCUCCGUGGAUUAUACACGUGAUCAUGCAUAUGCACGGCUUAUGGGCAUCGAGGAGCGUGUGUUCUCACCUGAAGAGCGCGAUAACAUCGAAAUCCAGAAAAACCGCUUCUAUCGCCACCGUCGUCUUCGCAUUAAUUACACCACCUACGACGUUCGUAGAGCUCAGGACUCCAUCAAUCCUCGAAAGUGUCGCGAUAUCAUGCGUUUCGAGUUCCUGUGGGUCCGUUGGUAUACCGAUCCCGUCAACGACUACGGCUGGGUGAGGAAACGCCUUCCUCGUCUCCGCUUCGUCCACGAAGAUGUACCGGAUGCCUUUGGCUUCGUCAACCCGGCUGAUGUUGUCCGCGGCGCACACAUCAUUCCUGCGUACCACUAUGGCCGUACAUCCACACUCCUCGCCAGUCCUUCACUCGCUCGCUCCCAUGGCAAGAACAUUGAGGACGAGGAGGACGAUUGGGACUCCAUGUACGUGAAUAUGUUCGUUGAUCGAGAUAUGGUUAUGCGUUUCCGCGGCGGUGGUGUAGGGCACAGGAGCACUAGUUCAUGCAACGAAAGCCUUCGACUCGAUGUCCCGGCAGCCGGUGCAUUGUGGCAGGAUGAUGAAGGAGCCGAGGAAGUCGGAGUCGUACCGGAAGCGGUUGGGGAAGACAUUCCAGGAGAAAAUGAAGAGGGUGAGGAAGAGGACAACGAGAGCGACUCAGACGACGAGGAUUCUGACGAUGACGAGGAUUCCGAUGACGACGAGGAUUCCGAUGACGAAGGAGGGUCAGGCGAAGAGCCGGACGACGGCGACAUCCUAGCAGCCGCCGGUUUUGACUCAUACUAUAUCGCGCUGGGUCGUGUGAGGGUUGCGCGAAAGUACGACGGCCGGUCUUGGACAGUGAACGAAGGGGUACACGCGAUCCACAAUUUCACGACUGCCCCGGAAGGGGUUGCCAGUGUGUGGAUCCACUAUAGGCGCGAGAGAGCAGCACGUCUCAACGUCGAGAGUCGCGUAAGAAAGGAAGGCCAACCUGAAGGUCGACGACGACGAAAAUCAACAGCUCACGUAAUCAAGCUCUCACGCAUAUGCACGAUGACUGUGUGGCGCUCGUUUCGUCUGGGGUCAACGGCACUGGCAGGCGGUGUCGCCCCUGCCAUGCAGCAAGAAUGGAUGGGCCCGUCGGAGGACUGUGAUUCCAGCUCUGCAAUGCCUGGUCACUGCUCGCAAUUGUGUGCGACGUCCUGCGAGUCCUGA